AGGCCUAUCUUCUUCUUAUUCUUCUUCUUUUUCCUUAUAUCUUUCGAUCUUUGUUUUAGUUUUUCAGAUUCGCGCCUCUCUUAUUCUUCAGAACUUUCAGAACUAGUGCGAGACAAUUUUACCUUGCAGUACUAUCCGCAGAAAGCCCAUCGUCGGAAUUCCAUCCAUUCGAUUUCUGUUUCCUUAAGUGAAUAAUGACCACUUCGGAGAAAGAAAUCACAAGGUUUUAUAGGGUCAGGAAGACUAUUAUGCAGAUGCUUAGGGAUAGGGAUUACUUGGUUGAAGAUUUUGAGAUGCAAAUGUCACAGGUCCAGUUUGUACAGAAAUAUGGAGAGAACAUGAAAAGAGAAGACCUUGUUAUUAAGAAGAACAAGAGGGAUAAUAGCUCUGACCAGAUCUACGUCUUCUUCCUAGAUGAGCCGAAGGUUGGUGUAAAAUCAUUGAAAACUUGCACCAAUAGAAUGAAAGACGAGAGUGUUUUCAGAGCAAUUUUGGUUGUUCAAAUACACUUAAAUGCUUUUGCAAAAACAUGCCUUAGUGAAAUAUCUUCCAAGUUUCAUUUGGAGGUUUUCAAGGAAUCUGAGCUGCUGGUCAAUGUAACAGAGCAUGUUCUAGUUCCCGAGCACCAGCUUCUAACAAAUGAGGAGAAGAAGACUUUGCUGGAAAGAUACACUGUUAAAGAUAUACAGCUCCCAAGAAUUCAGAUGACCGAUCCAAUUGCUAGAUAUUAUGGAAUGGAGCGCGGGCAAGUUGUGAAGAUUACUCGGACAAGUGAGACUGCUGGAAAAUAUGUUACCUAUCGAAUUGUGGUUUGAAUUGUCUCCUUAUUUUCUUAUGGUAUAAAGGAUAAAUUUAGGACUAUAGUUAAAAAGUUGUCAUAUUUAAGACUUUCUUAAUUUUAUGUCGUUUAAAGAAUUCUCGUUACAUUAU